AGCCAGGAGACGUGAAAGCAAAGCUCCUUCGUUCGGCUGCUGUAGCUUCCCUGGGCAGCGCUGCCCGCUGCGAGGGACGUCUCUUGCCGAUAUGCAUUCUUCUUAAAAUGAGAUUAUCUUGAAGUUAAACAUCAAGAAGUUCAUCAUUGUUUCUGACUCAAGAAGACUCAAGAAGGCACCUAAGUAAAAAUGUCCAUCAGCAUAACUUGGUGGUCUACUUGCACAUUCCUAAUCAUGUGUUACAUGAUACCUGGGCCAUCCCUAAGUCAAGAUUGCUCUCUAGAGAAGAUGGAAAAUGUUGUAAUUGAUAUGAUGCUAUCUCUCUCAAAAGGCAUCAGAGGGACUGAGCCAAUAUAUACACCAACUCAGGAAGCUUGUAUUAAUGUUUGCUGCUUAGAAAAAAACAUAUCAGGAGACAGGCAAUGUAAUUUGAUGAUUUUUGAUGCUCGAAGGAUAAGCCAGCAUCCAAACUGCUACUUAUUUUACUGCCCUAGUAAGGAAGCUUGUCCAAUGAAACCAGCAAAAGGACUCGUCAGCUACAGGAUAAAUAGAGGUAUACAGAUUCUGGACUCACAGCUUGCAAAUUACGACUCGAAUGGAAACUCUCUUUCUUCACAAGCAGCUCGCUUUGACCUUCCCAAUCAGGCAGGUCACCUGAAUCAUACUGUUGCUUUGCAGAAAUCUAUUACUUCUCAGAUGUCUGAACUCAUUGACCAUAUAGAAGAACAUUUAGAUAAGAUUGAAUUGCACACACAGUUUCCUGAAGACCAAGAGAAAAAACAUCCGGAGACCUUAGAUUCUUUCCCAAAACAAAAAAUAACCAAGCUAUUGCCUACAAGGGCUGCUAGAACGUCUCAGCUUAGCACCUCCACUCCACCACCACCUACCAUGCUUCCUACCACUAUCAGUAGUGCUGUACUCAAAAACACAACCACUAGCACUCAGAUUCCUACUACCACUGCUUUUACCACAACUAACCACAUGAUCUCGAAUUCCAGAACUGCUACAGAAUUUGCAAGGCUAAGAACAUCUGCCACCACUAUCAAGCCAAUAGCCACCUCUACAGACAGUACUAGCAGCAUCGAUCUCCUUUCUUUGUCAGUUGUUGCUUUGCUUAAUAAGGAUUCCUCGGCUCCUUUUCAAAAUAUGCACCAGGAUAAUAGGCAGCGUGAGUCAGAAGCCUACCUAUUAGAUGUUCCAAAAAGCAAGCAUGCCCCUCAAUCUGGUGACAAAAGUGGUCUCGUAGCGGCUUUACUUUUUGGGAUAGUGUUUUUGCUAUUAGUUAUUGCGCUAAUAGGCAGAAGAAUGUCUCAAUCUCUUAAAAGAAGACGUUAUAAUAGGCUAGACUACUUGAUCAAUGGAAUAUACGCUGACGUGUGA